CGCGAAGAUACUUGACUAUAUAAAGUCACAAACUAAGUACAUCAUGACGCUGGUAGACCCUUAGAGACAACAUCUUUUUAAUAACAAGCGGUGAACUAAAUGUUAUCCUGCGUCCUCCUGGUGCUCCUGCCAGUCUUGCGUAGCAAACACUGUUUGAUUUAUUUCCGACGUUUUGAUGAGCUAUUAGCGGUGUCCGAUUCGAGUACGCUGUUGCUAUUGAUCAGACACUCGUCCACAGUUCGCUUUCUGGAUGUGCCAACAGCGGUGUUGGGCCUUGGAGAGGGAAAGGGUGGCCGAAGCUUCCGUUGUUGAGUGCCGGGAAUUGGGACCGAUGGCUGGCAACCGUUUAUGUUGAAGGCUCAAACUAUUAGGCAAUAACCUUUGCAAGUUUCUGCCCCUCGGAUAAAAUAUCAA